CCCCCGCCAUGCCCGAGCUGCUGCCGGCGCAGGAGGCGGCGCGGAUCUACCACACCAACUACGUGAGGAACGCGCGGGCCAUGGGGCUGCUCUGGGCCCUCUUCACCCUCUGCUUCUCCAUCCUGAUGGUCGUGACCUUCAUCCAGCCCUACUGGAUCGGGGACAGCAUCGACACCCCGCAGGCCGGUUACUUCGGCCUCUUCUCCUACUGCAUCGGCAACGCGCUCACCGGGGAGCUCAUCUGCAAGGGCGGCCCCCUCGACUUCGGCACCAUCCCCUCCAGCGCCUUCAAAACAGCCAUGUUCUUCGUAGGCAUCUCCACUUUCCUCAUCAUCGGCUCCAUCCUCUGCUUCAGCCUCUUCUUCUUCUGUAACGCAGCCACUGUCUAUAAGGUCUGUGCCUGGAUGCAGCUGGCAGCAGCUACUGGGCUGAUGAUUGGUUGCCUGAUCUACCCUGAUGGCUGGGACUCAACCGAGGUGAAGCGCAUGUGUGGGGAUAAGACGGACAAGUACACGCUGGGUGCCUGCACUGUCCGCUGGGCCUACAUCCUCUGCAUCAUUGGCAUCCUUGAUGCUCUCAUCCUUUCCUUCCUGGGCUUUGUCUUGGGGAACCGACAGGACAACCUCCUCCCGUCCGAUUUUAAAGUGGAAAAUAAAGAAGAGGGAAACCACUAACAGAGCUGCUCACCAUGUAAGUGAUCCCCCCGGGGUGAUUUCUGCUGUUUCUCCUCAGCAUGUGUAACACUGCUGUUGUAUUUUGAUUACUAAAGGAUUGACAACUCUAUAUUUUGGGCUAUAGUCAGACUGGGUUUAGUUGUGGUUAAAGGGGAAUUAGCCUUUGCUUUGCCUUCAGGAAAAACACAAUUCCUUGCCAAGUGACUAAAAAACCCAAGCUUACAGUUUGAAGUCACUGGGCAUUGGGUGCCAAGUGACCUUCCCUCUGUUCUCAGGGCACCCAGAGCUCGACUUCCAUCAGCCCUUCUCUUUAAAGGGACUUUUCCAAGAGCUUCACACUUACUGCUGUGGAUUUUCUACAAUUGCUCUUCCUGCCUGGCUCAGAGCAUCCCCGGAGCUGGUUUGACAGAAAAGCCCAAACUGGACUCAGGUUUUAGCUUCUGGAGCCCACCAGCAAACCUGGCAAGAGGGGAGGGAUGGUGAUUCGUUGCUGCUUGGGCUUUGUACACCUUCUUUCAAGGAAAUGGAUUCCAAAUUAAAAAGAACAUGAGUGUUUGGGA